GUCUGACCCUUCCCCGGUCCACAGAAAUCAGGACGACACUAAAACUCCCACCGUUUUAAAACCCCGCGGAGAACUUUUUAUAACAAAGUCACCUGCAUCACUAACAAUUUCGAACCGUUGGAUGAAUCUCCUCACCGCCCACACACCAUCGUCUUAUCAAAUACCGCGGCACAGUAGAACACGAGCUCAUAUAAAUAAAGAAAUUCCCUCCCCCUCUAAUAGGGAAAGCUGAAAGGAUGCCGUUCUCCCUCUCGGGCUUCCCCGCCGUCACCACCACCAAAGCUGCUCAUCUCUACCUCUAUCCUCACCGGCGGUACCACCCCCGCGCCCAGCCGACUCGUGUCUUCUUGCCUUGUGUUGUGUAUCGGCUUUCCUCCAACGGGCUCCAUUCGAUUAGAGCCAUGGCCGAAGUGGAGACUCAGACAGCCGCUCCUUCUCUCUCAACCGGUGGCAUGCAAGCAUUGAUAUCAUUGUCAGAUAAGCGGGAUCUAGCUUUCCUUGCAAACGGACUUCAAGCGUUAGGGUAUUCUAUUGUUUCAACUGGUGGAACGGCAUCUGCUUUGGAACAAGCUGGGGUCUCUGUAACUAAAGUUGAAGAAAUUACUCAUUUCCCAGAAAUGCUAGAUGGUAGGGUGAAAACUUUGCAUCCCAAUAUACAUGGUGGUAUUCUUGCACGGAGAGAUCAUGGCCAUCACAUGGAAGCCUUGAACAAGCAUGGAAUUGGAACAUUAGAUAUAGUGGUGGUCAACUUGUAUCCUUUUUAUGAAAAAGUUACUUCAGCUAGUGGAAUUCGGUUUGAGGAUGGCGUUGAGAAUAUUGACAUUGGUGGCCCUACCUUGAUCCGAGCUGCUGCUAAGAAUCACAAGGAUGUUUUGGUUGUGGUGGACCAUAAAGACUAUCCUGCACUCUUGGAAUUUCUGCAAGGAAAGAAUGAUGAUCAACAGUUUCGCAGGAAGCUGGCCUGGAAAGCUUUUCAGCAUGUUGCUUCUUAUGAUUCAGCGGUUUCUGAGUGGUUAUGGAAACAAUCAGAAGGAGGGAAUACAUUUCCUCCCAGCUUUACAGUGCCAAUGUCACUAAAAUCUACACUUCGCUAUGGUGAAAAUCCUCAUCAAAAGGCCGCAUUCUAUGAUGACAAAAGUCUUUCUUUGGUGAAUGCUGGUGGUAUUGCAACUGCUAUACAAUACCAUGGCAAGGAAAUGUCUUACAAUAAUUACUUAGAUGCGGAUGCUGCCUGGAACUGUGUGUCAGAGUUCAAGAGACCUACUUGCGUGAUUGUGAAGCAUACAAAUCCUUGUGGAGUUGCAUCACAGCAAGAUAUUCUCGAAGCUUAUAGAUUAGCUGUUAAAGGAGAUCCUGUUAGUGCAUUUGGUGGAAUAGUUGCCUUUAACACAACAGUGGAUGAGGAUCUUGCGAAGGAAAUCCGAGAGUUUAGGAGUCCAACUGAUGGUGAAACACGGAUGUUUUAUGAAAUUGUGGUUGCACCAAAAUAUACAGAAAAAGGUCUGGAGAUUCUCCGUGGCAAGUCAAAAACUUUGAGGAUACUGGAGGCAAAAAAGAGCGGGAAAGGAAUGCUCUCACUCAGACAGGUUGGUGGCGGGUGGUUAGCUCAAGAUUCUGAUGAUUUAACUCCAGAAGAUAUCAAAUUUAAUGUAGUGUCUGAAAGGGUUCCCCAAGAAGAUGAGCUUAGUGAUGCAGAGUUUGCAUGGCUUUGUGUUAAGCAUGUGAAGAGCAAUGCCAUUGUAAUAGCCAAGAAUAACCGUAUGUUGGGUAUGGGGAGUGGGCAGCCAAACAGGUUGGAGAGCUUAAGAAUUGCUUUCAGGAAAGCAGGAGAGGAGGCAAAGGGAGCUGCUUUGGCGAGUGAUGCCUUUUUCCCUUUUGCUUGGAAUGAUGCAGUUGAAGAAGCAUGCCAGAAUGGCAUUGGAGUUAUUGCUGAACCAGGAGGGAGCAUUAGGGAUAAGGAUGCCGUGGACUGCUGCAAUAAGUAUGGUGUUUCUCUUCUUUUCACAAAUGUGAGGCAUUUCAGGCACUGAAGGUGAACUAAAUAAUCUGAACCCUGCUGUGCAAAAGAAUGCUUUGAAUGUACAAAGAAAGGUUCUAUGGAGACGAAGGAAGUGCGCAAGCCAAGGCUCUUGAGAAUAACCUACGUUUUUGGUUAAGUUGAGAGGAACACUCGAGAUUCUAAUCCCAAUACUGCUGAAAGUAAUUAAAUUUUGUGGGACCUGAAACAUCUUGGGGAUUCUCUUCUUUUUCAUUUCUAAGUUAUUGAUUUACAAAUGUUUCAACUUUUAAGGAUGAAAAUUUGGUGAGUGAGUCACUUUUGACAAUGACCCAUUGCACAUAA